AUGCCUGCUUUAUUGAAAAGAAUUGCCUUUGAAGUCAACGGUUCCUUAUUCGAGGAAACCAACACUAUUACCUCGGAAUCUACUGAUGGUCAUUACAUCUCUUUACGUCCAUUAUUACAUCCUACAAAGGAACAAGCCACUUUCCCAUUCGAAUGGGCAUUUGGUGGUACAAAUAAGGACAUCGCUGUAUCCAAGGUCUCUGAAGACACUAUAAAGGAAGUUUUCGAAUUUGGAUUUGAUUCUAACAAAUAUUUACAAAUGCCUAAUCAACAUGAGGGUCCCGUCGAGACAUACUGGCAAACCAUCCACAAUGGUGUCAGACAAGAAAAGGGGGAGAUCUUCCCAAUGGGUAAGGAUCAACCAGGUGUCAAGUUCAUGGAAUUGUGGCAACCAAUCGACUUCUCCAAGGAAGAUAUUGUGAUUACUGAUGGGUCUGUCACUAAAGGUAGAUCUGUCACUUUGCAGAUUGAUACUGCUGAAUAUUUCGGUUUAGUUAUCGUUGUUGGACAAUGGAUCCAGGGGUUCCUAAGUAAGAAGGGUCAAAACUCUAAGGAGGGCCUAAGUUUUAUUAGAGCCUUUGAGACCAGUCAAGGCACUGUUGAUACUCUUGUUCAAUACGGUGCUGAUUCCAACAAGUUCCCAACUUUGUUCGACGCAUUGAGUGUCGGUACUGUUGUCGACGCUAAUGGUGCCUCCUGGAAAACCCUAGAAGCCCACUACUAA